AUGAGAAUGAGUUGUUCGUUCACUCCCUAACUCGCUUUAAAACCCCAACACAAUCUACUCUCACUUGCACACACUUCGUCGCCUAUUCAGCUGUUUACGGUCUAAAGUGAUGUCUGAUCUUGAGGCUCCCUUGCGUCCGAAGAGGAAGAAGGUUUGGGUGGACUAUCUUGUUCAGUUUCGAUGGAUUCUUGUCAUUUUCGUAGUCCUUCCCAUUUCCUUCACUAUUUAUUUUCUUAUAUACCUUGGAGAUGUGAGAUCUGAGUGGAAGUCAUAUAAGACGCGCCAGAAGGAGCACGAUGAGAAUGUAAAGAAGGUCAUCAAACGUCUCAAGCAGAGGAAUCCAUCCAAGGAUGGUCUCGUAUGCACAGCUCGUAAACCAUGGAUUGCAGUUGGGAUGCGAAAUGUUGACUAUAAGAGGGCUCGUCAUUUUGAAGUUGAUCUAUCUGCUUUCAGAAACAUUCUUGAAAUCGACAAGGAGCGAAUGAUUGCAAGAGUGGAACCCCUAGUCAACAUGGGCCAGAUCUCGAGAGCAACAGUCCCAAUGAAUCUCUCGCUUGCAGUUGUUGCUGAGCUUGAUGAUCUCACUGUUGGUGGCCUUAUUAAUGGUUAUGGAAUUGAAGGAAGCUCCCAUUUAUAUGGCCUGUUCUCUGACACUGUUGUGGCCUAUGAAAUUGUUUUGGCAGAUGGAAGGCUUGUUAGAGCCACCAAAGACAAUGAAUACUCUGAUCUGUUUUAUGCUAUUCCAUGGUCUCAGGGAACACUUGGGCUUCUUGUUGCUGCCGAAAUUAGGCUUAUUCCUGUUAAGGAGUACAUGAAACUAACUUACAAACCUGUUGUUGGUAAUCUGCAAGACAUUGCACAGGCAUAUGCCGAUUCUUUAGCACCGAGAGAUGGAGACCAGGAGAAGGUGCCAGAUUUUGUUGAAACAAUGGUUUAUUCACCAACCCAAGCUGUCUGCAUGACAGGGAAGUAUGCUUCAAAAGAAGAGGCUAAGAAAAAGGGGAAUAAGAUCAACAGUGUAGGAUGGUGGUUUAAACCCUGGUUCUAUCAACAUGCAGAGACGGCACUGAAGAAAGGAACAUUUGUUGAAUACAUUCCCACUAGGGAAUAUUACCACAGACAUACGAGGUGUUUGUACUGGGAGGGAAAGCUUAUUCUCCCAUUUGCUGACCAAUUUUGGUUUAGGUUUCUCUUUGGUUGGUUGAUGCCACCCAAAGUGUCUUUGCUCAAGGCAACUCAAGGUGAAGCUAUAAGGAACUAUUACCACGACAUGCAUGUCAUUCAAGACAUGCUUGUUCCUUUAUACAAAGUUGGAAAUGCAUUAGAAUGGGUUCACCGUGAGAUGGAGGUCUACCCUAUUUGGCUAUGUCCACACAAACUGUACAAGUUGCCUGUGAAAACUAUGGUUUAUCCGGAACCAGGUUUUGAACUACACCGCAGGCAAGGAGAUACACAAACUGCUCAAAUGUACACAGACGUGGGAGUUUACUAUGCACCAGGUCCUGUUUUGAGGGGCGAGGUAUUUGAUGGCGCUGAAGCUGUUCGCAAGAUGGAGGCAUGGUUGAUCGAGAAUCAUGGUUUCCAGCCGCAAUAUGCUGUGUCCGAGCUGAACGAGAAGAACUUCUGGAGGAUGUUUGAUGCUGGUCUCUAUGAGCAUUGUAGGAGGAAGUAUGGAGCUGUUGGAACCUUCAUGAGUGUGUACUACAAAUCAAAAAAGGGUCGGAAGACCGAAAAGGAAGUACAAGAAGCCGAGCAAGCACACCUUGAAAAUGCUUAUGCUGAAGUUGAUCAACCAACAGACUGAUGAUUUUAAAUUUUGGAUCAUUUGAUGAGUAGGUUUUGUUAUUUCAUGUUUGCUUUAUUAAGGAUUUUGCCACUCCUGGCAUUUUAUUAUCCAUUUUCUUAUUGCUUUAGUUGCUGAUCUUGUUCUAGAUUUUUCAAUGUCUUUGGUUAAGGUGUGGACUUAAUAUUAUUGUUUUAACUAGUUGAGACUAAAUUGGUUAUAACUGCUUGAGUGUGAUA